AUGAAGCUCUCUAUCGCCGUGGCGCUCAUCUCCCUCCAGUCCCUCGCCCUGGGAUUCACCGUCCUGCCCCAGUCCUCAAGCAGCACGGCCGCGGAGUCCAGCAGCACGCUCAUCUCUUCGGGUGGGCGCGGCGGCAAGGGCGGUAACGGCGGCAAGGGUGGCAACGGCGGCAACGGCGGCGUGCAGGGCGGCGCUGGAGGCAACGGCGGUGCUGGCGGCGCGGGUGGUGAUGCGCCCCCCGGCGGCGUGGCUGGUGCCGGCGGCGCUGGCGGCGAGGGCGGUGAGGGUGGCAAGGCCGGCGUGUACACCACGACCGCCCCCAUCGUCACGCAGAGCAAGGGCCCUCCCUACCAGCCCCAGCCUAGCGACAUCGUGCUCCCCCCGAUCCCCUGGGAGCAGGCGCAGGGCAUUGCCCUCAAUGCCCCGAGCAUCGACCACGUCGGCGCGUGGUGCGGCGGCGGUGCCGACCUCGCCGACGACGCCAAGGUCAUCGCCCUCCCCGACAAGUACUUCGACAAGGAGAACAAGGUGUGCGACCGCAAGGUCACGCUUUGGUGGUACGGCAAGUACAUCACCGCCCCCGUCUACAACAAGUGCGACGUCUGCGACGACAAGACCAUCAGCCUCUCGCCCGCCCUUUUCAAGGAGCUUACCGGCACCGAUGACCGCUCGUCGCCUAUUGCGUGGGCCUUUACCGACAAGAUCUAG